GACUCCCCCACAUCUGUAAAUCGAGCACCAUCUCAGCCGCCAACAGAGCUCGCCGCUGUCGUAGGCCAUAUUCAUUACCUACCCCUCAUCGCGUCUGCGCCGAGUUUCCGGACGCGUCAAGCAACGGACAGCCCAGACACUGAAUAAAAUUUCACUCUAGCUCAGAGUGAAAAGCCACUCACAAUGUCUCGGCCGAUGCCGCCCGCGCAGAGAAAUCUGUCGCUCACUGAAGAGCUGGAGAAGCUUGAGCAGUCUAUCACUCUGACACUGCAAGAAAUCGAUAGCAACUUUAGCAAGGCCCAUAGAAUCAUCACCACUAGCAUUCUGCCUCUCGUGGAGCAGUACGGUGAACAUUCCAAGGCCGUGUGGGAAGCAUCUAAGUUCUGGAAGCAAUUCUUUGAGGCAUCCGCCAAUGUCUCUCUUUCAGGCUACGAGGAGCUAGCCAACGACGACGAUCCGUCGGCCGCCGAGGGGACAACAGUGGACGAUGACACCGUUGUCACCGCCACCGAUGCUGAUGCUACCCCGAGGCCGCGCAGCUCUGGCCGGGAGUCCGCGCUCGGGCGGCAGGAGGACGACACGUCGCUGCUCACGGACGACGGCGAUGGCGACGUCUCGGGCAGCACCCCGCGUCCGCCCCGGACCAAAACCAUCGGGCAGGUGUCGACGCCCGCCCGGCCUCAGUUCGCCAGGCUCCACUCGCCCUACGAGGCUCUGAAGCGGGAGAUGAUGCGCGAGGCGGACCCGCACCACCCCGACACCGGCGGCGGCUACGAGGACGAGGAGUCGUCGGCAUUUGAGGAGUCCGAGUCGGAGCUCCUCUUUCGUCAGAAGACGGCACGCCUGCCCGACAUGUCGAUGACACCCCACGCGUCCCUGGAGGGGGGGCUGGCGACCGUGCCUGGGGCCGCCGGCAGAGCGGGCGAGUCCCCGGCCCACCCGCCGAACGCGGACCGCCUCCUCCACCGCGUGCUCGACAAGAACUACCGCCUCCAGGCGACGCCGCACCGGCCCGCAGCCCGCGGCACGUCGCCGGCGCGCUGGAAGGUCACGGAGAAGGAGAAGGAUGACGGGCCGGCGGACAAGGGCAAACAACGGAAGCCGUGGGAGGACAGCCCCAUGUCGAGCCCGGAGAUGGCGCCGCCGACGCUGCGCAGCGCCGCCUUCAUGUCGCCCGUCCGGGCCGCGUACCGCGGCGGCCAGGCGCAGGCGCGCAACGCCGGGCCGAGGACCCCCGGCGUCAGCGUCCAGACCCCAGCCACGGGCCGCAAGACUAGGGAUGUGUUUGGGGAGCAGUCGGGGGCGAGAGACGACAAGGCGGACGAGAUAACCUGGGACAGCGACAGCGACGAGGACGUGUACGCGGGCAUGAGCCCGCCCAAGACCAUACAGUUUGCGAUGCCGGCAUCAAGGCUGUUACAGACGCCAGCCCGAGAAGCUAGCAAACGCAUCGUAGAGGACAUACUCUUGACUGCAGGCGCCGGCCCAGACGAAUCAUCGGAAUAUAGCCCUACCAUGGUCAAGAUGAACCAGAAUAUCUUGGACGACAGCUUCUGAACUACUCUCUCAAAGAGCACAUCAAAAGACCGGGAUGAGUUGGAGGCCGUGGUAGUAAUAGCGUUCUUGGGUAGGUCGGUGGAAAUGCGAGGUAAAUGAGCACUUUUGCAACGCCACAUUGCUUACUCGUCAAUUUCAUGUAACAAAAUAGAAGAAGACGAGGAAAAGCAGAGCCGCCUGCUUUUUUAGGGGUAAAUUUUGGAGGUUUACCGUGAUAGAUAUCCCAUCCCACAAGGUUGACAAAUCAGAUCAGAUUGACUUCUCUCGCCAGA